AUGGGAUCUACUGAAGGUCUUGUCCCGGCCGCUCACGCGCCUCUGGACAUUACCGUGUUGGGCUUAAACUCUGGCACGUCCAUGGACGGUAUUGAUUGCGCCUUGUGUCGCUUUCGUCAAGCCUCACCAAAUGCACCGAUGCAUCUCGAGCUCUUGAAGUACGACGAGAUUCCUCUUGAACAGACCAUCAAGAAAAGGGUGAUGCGCAUGAUCCUCCACAACAAUACCACACCCGAGGAACUAUCAGAGGUUAAUGUCCUGCUUGGCGAGACAUUCUCAGAUGCUGUUAUGCAAUUCUCACAGAAACACGGUAUUCCACUGUCAUCCAUUGAUGCCAUCGGCUCUCAUGGCCAGACCAUCUGGUUGCUCAGUAUCCCGGAGAAGGGGCAAACCAAAUCUGCCUUGACCAUGGCAGAGGGUUGCUUUAUUGCUUCUAGAACUGGAAUUACUACGGUUACUGAUUUCCGUGUCUCGGAUCAGGCCGCUGGUCGUCAGGGAGCUCCUCUCAUCGGCUUCUUCGACUCUCUGCUUCUUCACCACCCCACCAAGUUUCGAGCCUGCCAAAACAUUGGCGGCAUUGCAAAUGUUUGUUUCAUCCCGCCUGAUGUCGAUGGUGCAUUGAAUACUGAAUUCUUUGACUUUGAUACUGGACCUGGCAAUGUUUUUAUCGAUGCGGCGGUGCGGUUCUUUACAGAUGGCGAGAAGGAGUACGACAAAGACGGUGAAAUGGGUCGAGCUGGAGAGGUGGACCAGCAGAUGGUCGAUGAGUUCCUGCAAACUCAUCCCUACUUUGCUCUCGAUCCGCCCAAGACGACGGGUAGGGAAGUCUUCAGAGAUACGAUUGCACACAACUUAAUCGAUCACGGCCUCGAGAAGGGAAUGUCCCCAAAUGAUAUUGUGGCCACCAUCACGCGUAUUACCGCUCAGGCUAUUGUGCAGCACUACAAGAGAUACAUGCCAACCCAGUACGGUCCGCUAGCAGAAAUAUACAUGUGCGGCGGCGGAGCGCGAAACCCCAACAUCAUAGAGUAUAUGCAGAACGCCUUCCCUGACACUAGAAUCACCAUGCUUGACGAGGCUGGUAUCCCAUCAGAUGCCAAGGAAGCUAUCACAUUUGCCUGGCAGGGGAUGGAGGCUGUGGUCGGGCGAAGUAUCCCUGUUCCUUCACGCGUCGAGACCAGAAGAGAGUAUAUCCUUGGCAAGGUAAGCCCAGGCAAAAACUAUCGCAAACUCUUGAAGAAGGGAAUGAGCUUUGGGGGUGAUUUGGAGUAUCUGCCACCUGUUAAAGAGCUUGUUAAUUAUGUUGGCGGUCAAGUCUUUAGUACUAUAAAGCAAUAG